CUGGCGUCAGGCGGAGGGAUGGGCUGGCUCAGCUCGACCCGGCAGGGCUUGUUUACUAUGGCUGAUGAUCUGGAGCAGCAGCCUCAAGGCUGGCUGAGCAGCUGGCUGCCCACUUGGCGCCCCACUUCCAUGUCUCAGCUGAAGAAUGUGGAAGCCAGGAUCCUCCAGUGCCUCCAGAACAAGUUCCUGGCCCGAUACGUGUCCCUCCCAAACCAGAACAAGAUCUGGACGGUGACAGUGAGCCCUGAGCUCAGGGACCGCACCCCCCUGGUGAUGGUGCAUGGCUUUGGGGGCGGCGUGGGCCUCUGGAUCCUCAACAUGGAUUCACUGAGCGCCCGCCGCACUCUGCACACCUUCGAUCUGCUCGGCUUCGGGCGAAGCUCUAGGCCAGCGUUCCCGAGGGACCCAGAGGGGGCCGAGGACGAGUUUGUGACCUCGAUAGAGACGUGGCGGGAGACCAUGGGGAUCCCCAGUAUGAUCCUCCUGGGGCACAGUCUGGGAGGAUUCCUGGCCACUUCCUACUCAAUCAAGUACCCUGACAGAGUUAAACACCUCAUCCUGGUGGACCCAUGGGGCUUUCCCCUCCGACCAACUGACCCCAGUCAGAUCCGUGCACCCCCGACCUGGGUCAAGGCUGUGGCCUCUGUCCUAGGGCGUUCCAAUCCACUGGCUGUUCUUCGAGUAGCUGGACCCUGGGCGUGGUCACCACUGCUGGAUCCCAUCCCUGCAGCUCACCCAGCACCUGUUGCCAGGAGAGGUCAGGACCAGAGCCUCCAGCCUAGCCCACAGUGGCAGGCAAGCUCCUGCCCCAGUCAGACACCACGUCUUCACCACUUAGUAGCUGUCAGCAAACCCUGGCCCAGCCUGGUACAGCGAUUCCGACCAGACUUCAAGCGCAAGUUUGCAGACUUCUUUGACGAUGAUACUAUAUCAGAGUAUAUCUACCACUGCAAUGCCCAGAAUCCCAGUGGGGAGACGGCAUUCAAAACCAUGAUGGAGUCCUUCGGCUGGGCCCGGCGACCCAUGUUAGAACGAAUUCACUUGAUUCAAAAAGAAAUGCCCAUCACCAUGAUCUAUGGGGCCAACACCUGGAUAGACACCAGCACGGGAAAAAAGGUGAAGCUGCAGCGGCCGGAUUCCUACGUCCGAGACAUGGAGAUAGAGGGUGCCUCACACCACGUGUAUGCAGACCAGCCACACAUCUUCAACGCAGUGGUGGAGGAGAUCUGCGACUCGGUUGAUUGAGCUGCUCUCCCUAGAGGGCGAGGAGAAAGCCAGAGAGUCACUCUCACCUCCCUGUCUCCUUACUUACCCCUCUGUCCUUUCCUGACCAACUAACAUGUGCCAGCCAGGCAGAGUCUCGGGCUGUCCCCAGGGCAGGACCACAGAAGGAGAGCACUCCUCUCUAUGCUAAGGGCUAGAGGCAAAAGCCACAAGUGGCCUUGAGCUCCCCACCCCGGGGAAGAACAUAAAGGCUUGCAGAGUGCCACCCCGUUCUCUCCAUGCCGAGUGUUACCCAGGUGUGGUUAUGAAGGGUCACACCAAGCCGCGUCCCCCCUGUGCCAAAGGGAGGGCGGCCGCCUCCCCUGGGCGAAGGAGAGGCUCUCAGUGGCCUUUCCCGGCUCUGGAGUGUGUGUGGGGUAGGUUCCAUGCAGGAAUAUCUUCCUCCCCCAUCACCCCCGGCCCCCCGGCCAUGCCAGUCCUGUCCAGAGUCUGGUUGGGACUGGUUCCCAGUUAAGUACCAAGAGCAGGUCCUGCAGCUCCCAUGACCUAAGAGGUCAUAUCCAAAGCCCUCGUUAACAGAGGAGGCCCAGGGCAGGGCAGGGCAUGGCUGGUCCAUGGCGAGACAGCUCUGUUCCAGGAGAGCUGGGGCUGGCACCCGGGUCUGCUGAGAGCCUGUGCUCACGGCAGACUCUGUUUGCCAAGGUUUGAGGCGGGCACCGUUGCCAUGGGGCUGGUCCUGGCUGAGGA